ACACAGCCCAGGCUAUUGUGGAGGUUGGUGCUGCCAGGAGGCUGUCAGCUACGGAGGACAAUGACCUUGCAGACACCACUGCCUGAGUGAGAACCAGGGGUCUGUGCCUCUCCUCAUUCCCUGCUCUUGCCCUGGUCAGGCCUGCACCAGCAUGUCAGGAACCUCCGAGGAGAGUCUGGGGCACGGGGGGCUGCCAGGGUUGGGCAAGGCCUGCUUAACCACCAUGGACAAAAAGCUGAACAUGCUGAACGAGAAGGUGGACCAGCUCCUGCACUUCCAAGAAGAUGUCACAGAGAAGUUGCAGAGCAUGUGCCGAGACAUGGGCCACCUGGAGCAGGGCCUGCACAGGCUGGAGGCCUCCCGGGCACCGGGCCCGGGCGGGGCUGAUGGGGUUCCCCCCGUUGACACCCAGGCCGGGUGGCCCAAGGUCCUGGAGCUGGUGAGGGCCAUGCAGCAGGAUGCGGCCCAGCACGGUGCCAGGCUGGAGGCCCUCUUCAGGAUGGUGGCUGCGGUGGACAGGGCCAUCGCUUUGGUGGGGGCCACGUUCCAGAAAUCGAAGGUGGCGGAUUUCCUCAUGCAGGGGCGUGUCCCCUGGAGGAGAGGCAGCCCAGGUGACAGCCCUGAGGAGAACAAAGAGCGAGUGGAAGAAGAGGGAGCAAAACCAAAGCAUGUGCUGAGAGCCAGUGGGGUGCAGUCUGAUGCCAGGGAGCCUGGGGAAGAGAGCCAGAAGGCGGACGUGCUGGAGGGGACAGUGGAGAGGCUGCCCCCCGUCAGAGCAUCAGGGCUGGGAGCUGACCCCGCCCAGGCAGUGGUCUCACCAGGCCAGGGAGAUGGUGUUCCUGGCCCAGCCCAGGCAUUCCCCGGCCACCUGCCCCUGCCCACAAAGGUGGAAGCCAAGGCUCCUGAGACACCCAGCGAGAACCUCAGGACUGGCCUGGAAUUGGCUCCAGUACCCGGCAGGGUCAAUGUGGUCUCCUCGAGCCUGGAGGUUGCACCAGGUGCAGGACAAGGAGCAUCGUCCAGCAGGCCUGACCCUGAGCCCUUAGAGGAAGGCACGAGGCUGACUCCAGGGCCUGGCCCUCAGUGCCCAGGGCCUCCAGGGCUGCCAGCCCAGGCCAGGGCAGCCCACAGUGGUGGAGAAACACCUCCAAGGAUCUCCAUCCACAUACAAGAGAUGGAUACUCCGGGGGAGAUGCUGGUGACAGGCAGGGGCAGCCUUGGACCCACCCUCACCACAGAGGCUCCAGCAGCUGCCCAGCCAGGGGAGCAGGGCCCACCUGGGACCGGGCGCUGCCUCCAAGUCCCUGGGACUGAGCCCGGAGAACAGACCCCUGAAGGAGCCAGAGAGCUCUCCCUGCUGCAGGAGAGCAGCAGCCCCGGGGGAGUGAAGGCAGAGGAAGAGCAAAGGGCUGGGGCUGAGACUGGCACGAGACCAGGCUUGGCCAGGAGCGAUGACAACGACCACGUGGUUGGGGCCCUGGGUCUGCAGCAGGGCAAAGGCCCAGGGGCGGGAAACCCUGAGCCUGAGCAGGACUGUGCAGCCAGGGCUCUGGGCAGAGCCGAAGCAGUAAGGAGGACACCCCCAGGUACCGAGGCUGGCAGCGUGGUUCUGGAUGACAGUCCGGCCCCGCCAGCUCCUUUUGAACACCGGGUAGUGAGCGUCAAGGAGACCUCCAUCUCGGCGGGUUACGAGGUGUGCCAGCACGAAGUCUUGGGAGGGGGUCGGUUUGGCCAGGUCCACAGGUGCACAGAGAAGUCCACAGGCCUCCCACUGGCUGCCAAGAUCAUCAAAAUGAAGAGCGCCAAGGACCGGGAGGAUGUGAAGAACGAGAUCAACAUCAUGAACCAGCUCAGCCACGUGAACCUGAUCCAGCUCUAUGACGCCUUCGAGAGCAAGCACAGCUGCACCCUCGUCAUGGAGUACGUGGAUGGGGGUGAGCUCUUCGACCGGAUCACAGACGAGAAGUACCACCUGACUGAGCUGGAUGUGGUCCUGUUCACCAGGCAGAUCUGCGAGGGCGUGCAUUACCUGCACCAGCACUACAUCCUGCACCUGGACCUCAAGCCGGAGAACAUAUUGUGCGUCAAUCAGACAGGACAUCAGAUUAAGAUCAUUGACUUUGGGCUGGCCAGAAGGUACAAGCCUCGAGAGAAGCUGAAGGUGAACUUCGGCACUCCUGAGUUCCUGGCCCCAGAAGUCGUCAACUAUGAGUUUGUCUCAUUCCCCACAGACAUGUGGAGUGUGGGAGUCAUCACCUACAUGCUACUCAGUGGCUUGUCCCCAUUUCUAGGGGAAACAGAUGCAGAGACCAUGAAUUUCAUUGUAAACUGUAGCUGGGAUUUUGAUGCUGACACCUUUGAAGGGCUCUCGGAGGAGGCCAAGGACUUUGUUUCCCGGUUGCUGGUCAAAGAGAAGAGCUGCAGAAUGAGUGCCACACAGUGCCUGAAACACGAAUGGCUGAAUAAUUUGCCUGCCAAAGCUUCAAGAUCCAAAGCUCGUCUCAAAUCCCAACUACUGCUGCAAAAAUACAUAGCUCAAAGAAAAUGGAAGAAACAUUUCUAUGUGGUGACUGCUGCCAACAGGUUAAGGAAAUUUCCAACUUCUCCCUAAUCUUCAACUCUGCUGCUCCAAUGGGUCCAGAAAUUACUGAGGCCAGUGGUGAAGUGAAGAGAUGACUCAAACAUUUAAAUAAUUUGUUUUUUUUGGUAUUAUUGAUUCCACUUAUUUUGUAAAAAUGGUUAUGGCUGCUGCCUUCCUUGUGGAUGAAAAGUGGCUGUAAAGAAGCUUCCUAAGAACGUUUUUUUCCUGCCUUGUAAGAUCACUACUUGUGAAAUGCUCUGUGUACCUUUCAAAUGUACCUACUUUUGGUGGUAAGUGUAGGGAUGCUUUAGGUAGGUACUUUGCAUCUGUCGAAUUUAAAUUCUAAACUCACACUGAUUAAAGAACUCAGUAGACUACUUUGCAGGGGCCAUAUUAUUCAGUAUUAUCUCCUCCAGUACAAAGAAUUCCUAGAAUUUUGAUUUGCUCAGGUGUGAGCUGACAUUUUAUUGUACUAUCCCAUUCUUGUGUCAAGCCAUGUGGAUUUAGGACAGUGAUCUUCAAACUUGCUUUAACUUAUGCUCCCUUUUGAGAAUCAGCAUCACUUGAAAUGUCAAAAUAUGUCAACUGUCAUAGCCAAAUCAGAGAAGUGAUCAUUUUGAGUGUACUUUUUAAAUCUCCACACACCUCCACCUCUCUCCUAAUUCUGCCCUGUCUUAACCCCUCUGUAAAUUGGUUAUAAAUUUCUGUCUUGUAAGUCUGGAAGCUGAUAGGCAAUUUAUGAAAGAGAUAAGAAUGUAAUGAGGUUCAGCUUUCUGAGAAACACAGAAAUGAUACAUCCUGAGACAUAAAGGAAAGCUGCUCUUCUGCUGCCUCACGCUGUAGCACUCUCAAUGUUAUCACUCUACACGUACACUUCCUAUAUACAUGUACAGUUGACCCUUGAACAGGGUUUGAAUUGCACAGUCAACUUAUACAUGGAUUUUCUUCCACCUUUGCCACCCCUGAGACAGCAACACCAUGCUCUCCUCUUCAUCCCACUCUACAGCCUACUCAACAGGAAGAUGAUGAAGAUGAACGCCUUUAUGAUGAUCCACUUUCACUUAAUGAAUAGUAAACAUAUGUUCUCCUCCUUAUGAUUUUAGUAACUUUUCUCUAGCUUACUUUAUUGUAAGAAUACAGUAUAUAAGCCGGGUGCGGUAGCUCAUGCCCAUAAUCCCAGCACUUUGGGAGACUGAGGCAGGCAGAUCACUUGAGGUCAGGAGUUCAAGACCAGCCUGGCCAACACAGUGAAACCCCAUCUCUACUAAAAAUACAAAAAUUAGUGGGGCGGGGUGGCAGAUGCCUGUAAUGUCAGCUACUCGGGAGGCUGAGGCAGGAAAAUUGCUUGAACCCUGGAGGCGGAGUUUGCAGUGAGCCAAGAUUGCACCACUGCACUCCAGCCUAGGCAACAGAGCAAGACUCCGUCUCAAAAAAAAAAAAAAAAAAAAGAGAAUACAGUAUAUGUAUACACACACACACACACACAUACACAUAUGUGUGUAUGGGUGUUAAUUGACUGUUUAUAUUAUUGAUAGGGCUUCCAGUCAACAGUAGGCUAUUAGUAGUUAAGUUUUUGGGGAGACAAAAGUUAUACUCAGAUUUUCGACUGCAAGGGGGUAGGUACUCCUGGCCCUCACAUUGUUCAAAGGUCCAGUGUACAUUUAAACACUUUUCUAUAUGCAUUAGAGUAGCCCUGUCAUCCCUUCACUGAAAUCAUACUGUUCUCAACAUGGCAAGCAACUAACACUUUUUUUUUUGAGACAGGGUCUCACUCUGUUGCCCAGGCUGCAGUGCAGUGGUGUGAUCUUGGCUCACUGCAGCCUCCGCCUCCUGGGCUCAGGUGAUCAUGAGUAGCCGGGACUAUAGGUGCCCACUACUACACCCAGCUAAUUUUUAUAUUUUUAGUGGAGACAGGGUUUUGCCAUGUUGCCCAACCUGGUCUUGAGCUCAAGCAAUCCACCUGCCCCAGCCUCCCAAAAUGCUGGGAUUAUAGGUGUGAGCCACCACACCCAGCUUCAACUAACAUUUACGAACUUGUAUACAUGUAUAUUUAGAUACUUUACCAACUUGUAAAAUGGUUAAAAGGAGUACUUUAUUAUUAAAAAAUACAUAAUCUUUUAAAUUUCCUUACUUCUACAUGAUUUUUUGUGCUAUUCUCAUUUUUUUCUCAGGUGAGCAGCUUUAGUUUUUUUUUUGAGAGAGAGCAUCUUCCUCUGUCACCCAGGCUGGAGUGCACUGGUGUGUUCUGGGUUCACUGCAACCUCUACCUCCCAGGUUCAAGUGAUCUUGUGCUUCAGCCUCCCAAGUAGCUGGGAUUACAGGCGUGUGCUGCCACGCCCAGCUAAUUUUGUAUUUUUAGUAGAGAUGGGGUUUUGCCAUGUUGGCCAGGCUGGUCUCGAACUCCUGACCUCAGGUGAUCCACCUGUCUUGGCCUCCCAAAGAGCUGGGAAUAUAGGCGUGAGCCACUGUGCUUGGCCUCAGGUGAGCAGCUUUAGUCGAUGUUGUGAAUUUUAGAUUUUAAUUAGACAUGCAACCUUUCAGGAUUUUUGUCUCAUAACAGAGGCUCUUGUUUUUUGACAGAGAGGUAGGCAGGUGGAGAGGUUAUCCUGCUGCUGCAGUUCUCAGUUGUUACGUUUCCUCUGGAAGGCUAACCCUUGUUGGGAACUAACAGUUUCAGUACCAGCAAGUCUAGGCCUCCUCCAAGUUGGUCAGCUGAAGAAUGAACAUCAGAAAACACAGCUGCUGGAAGUUGUCCUUUGAUGAGACAGUGAUAGUGAUUUAGUAAAAUGUCUUUAUUUUUUAGAUGUCAGUUAUCUUUCUUUAAAAGGUUUUUUGAGGGCAGCCUCCAGAAGGAGCUAGAGGGUAUAUUUUAUAGUUCUAUUGUCGUUCAUACCGUUUUGGACUUAAGAUUCUGGAGAAUGCUAUGAAACAUCUCCCCAGAAAAAGGUAGUUAAUUACCAUAUCUAGAGCAGCACUGCCCAACAAAAAUAUAGUACAGGCUAUACACAUAAUUAAAACAUUUCUAGUAGCUUCUCUAACAAAACCCAUUGAAAGUCAAUUUUAAUAAUUUAUGUAACUUAGUGUAUCAAAAAUAUUUCAAUAUGUAAUCAAUAUAAAAUUGAGAUAUUUUACCAGCUACUAGGGAGGCUGAGGCCAGAGAAUCGCUUGAACCCAGGAGGUAGAGGUUGCAGUGAGCCAAGAUCACACCAUUGAACCCCAGCCUGGGCGACAAGAGAAAAACUCUGUCUCAAAAAAAAAAGAGGUAUUUUAUAUUCUUUUUCUCAUACUAAGUCUCCAAAAUCUGGUAUAUUUUACACUUAAAAACACAUGUCAAGGCUGGGCAUGGUGGCUCACAUCUGUAAUCCCAGUACUUUGGGAGGCCAAGGUGGGCAGAUUGCUGGCCAGCAUGGUAAAACCCCAUCUCUAAAAAUACAAAAAUUAGCUGGGCGUGGUGGCGCACACCUGUAAUCCCAGCUACUUGGGAGGCUAAGGCACAAGAAUCACUUAAACAGGAGGUGGGGGUUGCAGUGAGCUGAGAUCACACCACUGCACUCCAGCCUGGGUGGCAGAGCAAAACUUUGUCCCCACCCCCCACAAAAAAAAAAACCUGUCAAUUCAGAUGCUAGGUUUUCAUCAGACGUACUUAAUCUGUAUUUAGAUUUCUUAAAACUUACUGUGGAAAAUGUAUUUACAUACUCAAGUUGUUUGAAACAUAACUCAGUUUUCCAAUAACUGAAGUAUCCACUUUUACAUGUAUUAAAAUUAAAUAAAAUUAGAAAUUCAGUUCUGCAGUUGCACUAGCCACAUUUUAAGUGUUUAAUAGCCACAUGUGGUUAGUGGCAUCUAUAUUGGACUGGGCAGAUCUAGAGAGAAUCCUGUAUCUACCAAUUUUAAUUUUUUUCCCUUUAUGCUGUUAUUCCUUACCUAGAGAAACAAUUUCCCUCCAAAGUGCCUUUGAGAGGUCUGUUUAGGCCAGGCCCACACAAGUGAGCUAUGUGGAUUUUAGCAUCCUUGAUUUGAAAUUUGAGGUUUUAUGAAGUUUGAGUUUUUCUGGAUAUUUUUAGUACUUUGCUGGUGUGUACUUAGCUCAAAUAUUUGAUUGCAACUGUGUUGGGUCAACUAUUUCUAAUGGGACUUUUCCAUUUGCAUGUACAGUCACUGGAAACUGCUGGGCAGAGAAACUCUAAAAGGUAGUUGGGGCCCACUUUUUCCACCUGUCAGAUUGGUGAAGAAUUGGUGAGGGUGUGGGGAAAAUGGCAUUCUCCCACUUUUGAUGGAUAUGUAUCCAAAUAAAAGUCAUGCCCAUGCUUUCAUCCA